GCUCCGCCCCUGACACGCCCCUUGCGUCCUGCGUGCGUCCGGCCCCCGCGCGCUCGGAGCGGCCCGCGAGUUCGCACCGGCUUCUCUGUAACCUGGGCCCGCGCGCCGCCAUCGCCGUCAUGCUGGGCGCCGCUCUCCGCCGCUGCGCGGUAGCAGCCGCUGCCCGUGCUAUGCCCCGCGGCUUCCUACAGACCGUUGCGGCCCCCAGCCCCGUCGCCGCUGUCCAGUCAGCUCGCUGCUAUUCCCAUGGGACACACGAGACAGAUGAGGAGUUCGAUGCUCGCUGGGUGACAUACUUCAACAAGCCAGACAUAGAUGCCUGGGAAUUGCGUAAAGGGAUGAACACACUUGUUGGCUAUGAUCUGGUUCCAGAACCCAAAAUCAUCGAUGCUGCUUUGCGGGCAUGCAGGCGGUUAAAUGAUUUUGCUAGUGCUGUUCGGAUCCUAGAGGUGGUUAAGGACAAAGCAGGACCUCAUAAGGAAAUCUACCCCUAUGUCAUCCAGGAACUGAGACCAACUCUGAAUGAACUGGGAAUCUCCACUCCAGAGGAGCUGGGCCUUGACAAAGUGUAACCCACAGGUGAUGGUGCUAAGCUGGCAAAAGAGCCCAGGGAUGGGGAUGGGCUUCCUCAAGGAUUUCUUGACAGUGCUACUUGAUUGUAAACAAUCGCCUGGAAAUGCUGAUGAUAACAUAUUACCUUAUUUGAACAAGUUUUCCUUUAUUGAGUACCAAGCCAUGUGAUGGUAACCUGGACUUUAAUAAAUGGGAAACGUGUUUGAACCGAAA